AGAGCAGAUAAUAGCUUGUCGCUUGGUGUACGUUGCAUUGCAAUUGUUUAAAUUGCUGGCCAUUGCCUAUGCUACGACACGACUGGCUUAUUAUCAAUACUAGUUAGUCCACGGAAGUUGUUACGCUGUGUUUGUAUCAAGUCAGAACCACCACUUGAUCGACUAGGAUUACUCGAAUCCUUCACCCACAAUGAUGAGAGGACCGCUCGCUCGGUUCGCUCACCCUACUGAGGUGCCGGUGGAGGAGAAAUCCCACCAGGCGAACGAUAAGGAAGGUGGCGUCGUCGAUAACCAAACUCGGAAUAGUGAGAAUGAUACCGAUAUCGACGCCAUCGACAGCCAUGCUCAAGCCGGUGUCCAGAAAAUCGAGGCCACAACCAAGGUCUGGACCAUGUCUAAUCUCAUAUUAGCUUAUGUCUUCAUCUGGAUUAUCUACUUUGUCGACUCUAUGCAACAGGGCAUGGGGUCUCUUUUGACCCCCUAUGUUACUAGCUCGUUUGCCCUCCAUUCGUUGACUGCCACAACAGGCGUUAUGUCUAAUAUCAUUGGCGGCGUUUCAAAGCUCACUCUAGCGAAAAUAUUGGAUAUCUGGGGUCGGCCUCAAGGUUUCUUGGUCGUAGUUCUUCUAAUGACCGUUGGCCUUGUCAUGAUGGCAGCAUGCAACAACGUCGAGACUUAUGCAGCUGCACAGGUGUUCUAUUGGGUUGGAUACAAUGGAGUUAGUUACUCCCUCUCUGUUUUCAUCGCCGAUACUUCACACCUGAAGAACCGAGCCCUAAUGUUGGCGUUCGUCUCGUCUCCCUAUAUUAUAACCGUAUGGAUUACCGCUCCCAUGGCCGACAGCGUCCUAUAUGGUAUUGGCUGGAGAUGGGGAUUCGGAAUUUUCUCCAUCAUUACUCCAAUCAUGUGCCUUCCUCUAUUCUUCUUGUUUACCUGGAACUACCAAAAGGCAAAGAAGGCAGGAUUGGUUAUCUACACCCCGAGCGGCCGCACAACAUGGGAAUCGAUCAAAUAUUACUUCUGGCAGUUUGACGUCAUCUGCCUUGUUCUUAUUUCGGGUGGCUUUGCGCUCUUCCUGCUUCCUUUCAAUAUCUACUCUUAUCAGUACUAUGGCUGGAAGGACCCCCUGGUCAUUUGCUUGAUCAUAUUUGGUGGACUGCUUCUCAUCGGAGCUGUGGUCUGGGAAAGAUUCUUCGCACCAGUCAAGUUUAUGCCUUGGGAGCUCCUCAAAGAUCGAACCGUCCUUGGAGCUUGCAUUCUCGCCGCUGUUCUGUUUGUUGAAUAUUACAUCUGGACUGCCUACUUCAGCUCCUUCCUCCAGGUUGUCCUCAACCUGGAUGUAACCCAAACUGGUUAUGUCGGCAAUAUCUACAGUCUUGGAUCCUGCUUCUUUUCCUUCAUAGUAGGUAUUCUGAUCCGUUGGACUGGUCGUUUCAAGUGGAUUGCCCUGUACUUCGGUGUACCGGUCACAAUUCUCAGCAUUGGCCUACUCAUCCACUUCCGACAGCCUGGUACUUACCUUGGUUGGAUUAUCAUGUGCGAGAUCUUAUACGCCUUCGCCGGUGGUGCCUGCGUUAUUUGCGAGCAAAUGGCCGUUAUGGCAGCAGCAGCUCACCAACACGUCGCCGUUGUCCUCGCCAUGGAGGGUAUGUUCAGUAGCGUCGGUGGUGCUAUUGGAGGCACUGUUUCUGCAGCCAUCUGGACAGGCGUUUUCCCCAACGCACUGGCCAAGUACUUGCCUGCAGAGUCUCAGGCAAAUCUUACGGAUAUCUACGGCCAACUUCCAAUCCAACUCUCAUACCCUGUUGGUUCGCCGACUAGGGAUGCAAUUGUUCUAGCCUACGGUGAUGGCCUAAGGUGGAUGUUCGUCGCUGCUACGGCCAUUACUGCGCUAGGCCUUGUUUCUGUCGCAUUCUGGCGGGAUAUCAAAGUCAAGGACUUCAAGCAGGUCAAGGGUCGUGUAAUUUAAAACAUAUACAUGAGGCUCGGGGCAUUUAGUUUUCUAGCAGUAAAACAAAAGGGGUAUGAUGCAUGGUUUAGCAAGGGGAUUCCGGUUUUCGCAUGGGUUGUGGUGAAUUGAGAAUGAGCGGACGAGUUCGACGUGUAAGAUGAUGCGGUGAUAUAGAUAUGGGAUACCGCUGGUCCACUGAAUCACGCUUAUUUCAAAUGAUUAAUGUUCAAUAAAUAAAAGGCUCUCUAACUGUACAUGGUUAUACACUUGUGACUAUAAAUUUCAUCCUUUCAUACGAGAUACUUGAUAGUCUAG